AUGCUGGAAGAUGACGCCGCCGUGGACGCGGAUAGCCUCGUCGGCCAGGACCCGAGGUCGGGGGCGCGGCCAAGCGGCGGUGAGCGCGACUGGGCGGCGGCCGUGCUGGAGCCGGUGCGGUGGAUGUGGAUGCUGUGCCGGGAGCUGGGCGCGACGUUCGUGGCUGGGGUGGUGCUGGUGUACGGCCUCAGCCAGGGCUUCGCCGGCUCCUUCUUCCGAGUGGCGUCGGACUACUACUGGAAGGACGUGCAGCGGGUGCAGCCGGCCACUGUGCAGUUCCUCUCCGUCUUCUUCUACAUUCCAUGGGUGCUCAAGCCGCUCUGGGGGAUCAUGACUGACGUCUUUCCCGUCUGCGGGUACCGCCGCCGCCCGUACUUCCUCUUCUCAGGAAUACUUGGAAUGGUUUCAGCUGCUAUCGUUGCCAUAACUAUUGGAUUGCCAGUGAGUUCUGCUGUACUUUGCUUGGUGGGAAUCUCAACUGCAGUCGCCAUUGCUGAUGUAACAAUAGAUGCUUGCAUUGCAAAGAAUAGUAUUGAUAAGCCGGCGCUGGCUCCAGAUAUGCAGAGCCUUUGUGCAUUCUCAUCAUCUCUAGGUGCACUUGUUGGGUAUGCUACAAGUGGCAUGUUUGUCCAUCAUCUUGGAGCACAGGGUGCGUUAGGUGUUAUGGCUAUACCUCCUGCCACAGUGGUUUUCCUUGGAUUUUUCAUAUAUGAGCUGAAAGCACGUCAACAUAAUGUUAAAGAGAAGGUUUUGAACAAGGUUAGUGGGGCAGUGAAAGGAAUGGUUCGGACUAUAAGGUAUCCAGUAGUGUGGAAGCCAUCUCUUUACAUGUUCCUUUCGCUGGCUCUGAGUAUCAGCACCCAUGAGGGGCAAUUCUACUGGUAUACUAACAAGACACCACCUAAUCCUGGAUUUUCACAGGAAUUCGUCGGGCUGGUCCACGCCAUCGGCGCGGUGGCGUCCAUGCUGGGCGUACUCGUCUACCACAAGUGCCUCAAGGACUACCCGUUCCGGAGCAUCCUCCUGUACGCGCAGCUGCUGUACGGCGUGUCGGGGCUCCUGGACCUCACCUUCGUGCUCCGGUGGAACCUGGCGCUGGGCGUCCCCGACGCGGCGUUCGUGACCCUGGAGGAGUGCGUGUCCCGCGUGGUGGGGCGCGUCAGGCUGAUGCCGAUGAUGGUGCUGAGCACCAAGCUGUGCCCGACGGGCAUGGAGGGCACCUUCUUCGCGCUGCUCAUGUGCAUCGACAGCCUCGGCAUGCUGGCGGCCAAGGCCGGCGGCGCGGCGGUGCUGCGCGCGCUGCGCGUGACCAGGACCGACUUCGGCCGCCUCUGGCUCGCCGUGCUGCUCAGGAACGUGCUCAGGCUCGCCACGCUGGGGGCCAUCGGCCUCGUGCCCGCCGCGGGCCAGACUGACGUGCUGGUGCCGCGCGAGCUCGGCCUGGUGAGCUCGCCGGCGGGUGUGGCCGUCGACGAGGAGGAAGAGAGGCUGCAGCUGGCGAUGCUCACUUCACACGCUGAUGAUGUGUAA